UUGAAACAACACCGUCCCUCCCACUUCUCCAGAAAGAAGAAGGCCGGUACAAACUGAAAGAGAAAGGUUGCAAGUCAUGUGAAUACUAUAUUUUUACCAGUUUCAAAUACACUUUGAAAUCUUUUAUAUAUUGUAGUCAUAUUUUGGUUUGAAAUAUUACAUGACAUGAUUGAAUCAACUGUCAUUGAUUUUAGGCUAUGAGGGUAACAGCUCAAAUUAUUGCAAUUAUUAUGGUUACUGCAUGAACUCUUCAAUAUUUAAAAAUGUCUUACCUUUGAAAAAGAAGGGAAAUGCCAACAACAAAAAUAACAUCUUCAUCUGGGAAAGAUGACAUUACAGAAAUUAAUCCUAAUUCUUCAACAUGCAUCACAAAUUCAGCAAGUGUAGAAAAUAUCAAAUAACUUUUGGCCAUAGAAGUCCAUAAUGAGCUUCUACAUCACCGUUGUGCUCACCAUUAGAUAUUCUCCAUAGUCUGCCAACGCAUACGUUGUGUGUGUACGUGCACAGGGGUGUUACAGGGGAUUAUUUAGCCCCAACAAACUUUUGAGUCACCCCUCGCAACACAUCCUCUCACAAACGUCCGUGGCAACACCCACACCCACACACACCAUAUUGCCCACAACCACGACUGCCUCUGUGUCUGUGCUAUAUAUAUAUAUAUACUUAAUAUAUAUGAAGACAUCGGACUGACUUAUAUGUAUAUUAAUAAACAAUCUAGCAACCGCGUGGCUCCCGCAAUCAUAAUUCCUUGGUGAAGCUACCAUGCCAUGGUGAAGGAUUUGAAUAUUUAUUUAUUUAUUCUGCUCCACACAUUUUUGCAUUCCACAUGGUUAAGGUACAUUCCGCAUACUAUGCGGAAUAUAAUAUAAAAAGUGCUUUUACGCAAUAUCUGCAAAGUUGUUUGUUCGGCCUUGGGCUUCCUCUCAAUGCUGAAUCAUCUUUUGUUUUGGACUCCAUUAUCGUCUUAUAACAACUACGCCUUGAGAACUCAUCUGUAAAGCUGAAAGUGUGAACUAUAUGAAACGCAAGUCUUGUACUCCACACUUGAAUUUUUGAUGGACUUACCGGUUUGAUGCAGCGUCAGCCGGUGCAGCGUUUGAAUGAGACGACACUUCCUCGUCAGGGCUGGGCCUUUGUGGUCAACAGUGAGGGGGCGGCUUUAGUCAUCAAGAGCUUUGUUUUCUGUGACAAGCAACAGCCACAGAAAACCUUUACUCAGUUUCAUCUAAAUGUGAACCGUAAACCGCUCACAAGGUUGACGGCAUCCCCUUACCCAUUGUUUUACUCGUGUAAACAUGUCUUGGGUAAACAUUAUCCGAGUUGAUUAUCUGCAUUGUGGGGAGGACACAGGAAUCCGUGAGAUGACCACGGACGCUUAACUCAAAAUCCGUGGUGGCCUCACGGGAUCACUGAUAUUUCCGUAAUAUGCCCACCGAAUCUGCGCCCGUGUGAAAUUCGCGCUCAUAUUCGCGCCCCUGUUCCCAACAACCCUGUACUCCUGGGACACGCUCAUGUCCGCUACCACCCCGAGUACAACACCAGCUAGUACAUUAACAUGCUAACCACCAUGCUAGCUAGCAUGCCAGCCGCCGUGCUAAGGACCACACCAGCUUCAAAGUGGGGGACCAGGCCAGGCAUGUCAGGCAGCGCGCUAAAGCAGCGCGCUCCAGCAGCAGCGCUAAAGCAGCAGUGCUAGCUACCUCGAGGGAGGCCUUGCCCUCCAGACAGGUGUGCACCAGCAGGUGUCCCUCCCAGGAGACGGCCAGGUGCAGGAUGGAGAGGGGCAGGGAGCUGUCGGGGAGCGUGCCUAUGUUCCCCGGUGUCCCAUGUUCCCCGCUUUGCAUGUGACCGGGGAACAUGGGAUCCGGCGAGGGAAUCAUUUUUUCGUAGGACGGUAGCAGGAGGUGAGCUCAACACAGGCUUUAACCACAUUUAGCAGACGCUUUUUUCCAAAGCGACUUACACACACACCGACGGCGGCGGAGUCAACCAUGCAGGGCGACAGCGGGCUCCACAGGCGCAGUUAGGGUUAGGUGUUGGCGUAGGACCACCACAGGGGGGGCGCUCAGAACACCAAUCACAGAUCUGCUCCUUGCAUGUCACAGGGCAGAGGUAGCAGACUGACCGGUUUAGUCUAACGCUGUUCUCCUGGUACAUGGAAGUUGCUCUUGAAACAAGUAGUCUGACCUAAUAAGAAUAUUAACAGGAAUUAAGUGUAGGAAAACAUCACACCUCAAUAUAUCAGUCAGCCCUACCUUGUCUGGAGAACUAAUCGGGUAUUUAGCAACCCUGGGGUCAAAGUGUCCCUCGGUGGAAAGUACAACGGCAGGUGAAUGAGUCAUCCUAUAUUCAUGUUUUUAUCUGCGUUGGGCGGCCAUCCGACGUGUCCGGAGGUCUUUAUAAAGCCUCCUUCGCCUCAGAGAGACAGUCGGCAACCCAGGAUCAGGUCUGACGAACACAGCUCCACUACAGUGUGAUCAAGAUGCUGAGGAUUGCACUACUAUGCUUGGCCCUUUCUGGCCUGCGUGCGGCCCCCCUGGCGCCCCGAGUCAGCCAUGUGGAGGGUCUGGCGGGGGCGUUCAGGCACAGCGCGGAACCCUCGCCCAGGCUGCUCCCCGAUGACUACCGCCAGGGCAUCGAGCCCGCGAGGCACUACGUGGUGGACCUCAACACCGGCCGCGUGCUGGAGCACGUCAGCGAGAUGGAGCGCAGGGUGAAUCCCGUCGCCACUCGUCCUGAUGUGGCGGAGGUUUCCGCUGAGAUUGAGAGGCAUUGGUUAGAUGAAGUUGAAAUCCCGGUCCAGAGGAGUGGCGCUGGUUGGGUCCGAGUGGAGGAGCAUUUUGAAGACAAUCUCCCAAAGGGUUUUAGACAGGGAACCGAACGCAUGGCCUCCAUUCCUGAAGGUUUUAGACAGGGGACCGAACCCACGUUCUCCAUGCCUGAGGGUUUUAGACAGGGAACCGAACCGAUGAUGUCCAUUCCUGAAGGUUUUAGACAGGGAACCAAAUCGAUCUCCUCCAUUCCUGACGGCUUUAGACAGGGAACCGAACCCAUGGCCUCCAUUCCUGAUGGUUAUAGACAGGGGACCGAACCCACGUUCUCCAUGCCUGAGGGUUUUAGACAGGGAACCGAACCUAGGAUGUCCAUUCCUGAAGGUUUUAGACAGGGGACCGAACCCACGUUCUCCAUGCCUGAGGGUUUUAGACAGGGGGCCGAACCUAUGGUGUCCAUUCUUGAUGGUUUUAGACAGGGAACCAAAUCGAUCUCCUCCAUUCCUGACGGCUUUAGACAGGGAACCGAACCCAUGGCCUCCAUUCCUGAUGGUUAUAGACAGGGGACCGAACCCACGUUCUCCAUGCCUGAAGGUUUUAGACAGGGAACCGAACCUAGGAUGUCCAUUCCUGAAGGUUUUAGACAGGGGACCGAACCUAGGAUGUCCAUUCCUGAAGGUUUUAGACAGGGGACCGAACCUAUGAUGUCCAUUCCUGAUGGUUUUAGAAAGGGAACCAAAUCGAUUCCCUCCAUUCCUGACGGCUUUAGACAGGGAACCGAACCCAUGGCCUCCAUUCCUGAUGGUUAUAGACAGGGGACCGAACCCACGUUCUCCAUGCCUGAGGGUUUUAGACAGGGAACCGAACCUAUGGUGUCCAUUCUUGAUGGUUUCAGACAGGGAACCGAACCCAUGAUGUCCUUCCCAGAAGGUUUUAGACAGGGAACCGAACACUCCUCCAUGGCGCUUGGCAGACGUACGCCAGAGUGCAAAGGGAAGAUCAUCAUGGGACGCUGCUAUCAGUUCAACCCCACACCGCUGUCCUUCAAGGACGCGCAGGCCACGUGCAGAGACCUUGCACCAAACUCAGACUUGGCCUCCAUAACUGAUGGGAGUCUGCAUUCUGGUCUGGUUUCCAUGGUGACCAAGGACGGCGAGGACAGCCCCGUUUUGACCUGGCUGGGAGGCGUGGUCAAGAACCAGCAGGCCCAGUGGCUGGACGGAUCAGAGAUGGCGUACAGCGACUGGAUGAAAGGUCACCCCAACGUCCGCAGCGCUAAGCCCGUCUGCCUGGAGAUGUUCCGCAUGGACGAGAGUUGGUGGUCGACGGUGGACUGCGAGUUCCUGAGGGCGUCGAUCUGCUCCUACCCAGUGGUGGCCUGAUGUCUACGCCCUCCAUGUUGACCUGGUGCUGGUGAUGAAGGAUAUAGCACGGGACAUGCUAGUGAUAGCACUUGAUAUAGCACGCAAGGAUUCGAUCCAUUGCGCUGUUUCACUUGAAUUAUACUAAAUAAAGUUGAAUUGAAAGCAAGCAGUCGUAGAAUA